AUGUCUAUUGGCAGCUGUGGAUCCUGUGGAUAUGCUCUAAAUCUUUCAUCUUCUAACAGAAGCACAUCUGACGUAGGAUCCUCGUACCAAAAAUCUCUGAAGAAGGGUCUGAUUUCAUUCACUUCUAUUGAUCUCAGCCGUUUUACUCAGGUUGACGAGAUAUCUUGUUUUCCUUUCCUUACCUGGCGUAGCUACCGGCCGAAAACUAAGCUUCUGUGCCGAAAAUGUGGAUCAUCUAUUGGCUAUGGAUACGCAUACAAGGAGCAUGCCCAGUGCCUUCCAAAGAUGUUGGCUCGUUCUCCAUAUCUUCAGUUGAUAUCCCUUGCGGGGCUUAAUGAGCUAUCUGAUUCAGCUCUGUACGAAGUGGGAGUUUCUGGAACAUCUUUGCAGUCCUUCUCAUUGUACUCCUGUUCUGGUAUAACAGAUGAUGGUCUAGCACAAGUGUCAAUCGGAUGUCCUAAUUUGGUUAUAGUGGAACUUUACCGCUGCUUAAAUAUCACAGAUCUUGGUUUGGAAAGUCUUUCCCAGGGCUGUCAUUCUUUGAAGAGUCUUAACCUUGGUUACUGCACAGCCAUUUCAGAUCGAGGGAUUAGUUCAAUCUUUAGGAAUUGCCGAAACAUUUGUGCACUCAUCAUAUCAUAUUGCAGAGGUGUAUCCGGUGUUGGAUUUAGAGGUUGCCCAAGUACACUUUCUUACCUAGAAGCCGAGUCCUGCAUGCUUUCUUCAGAGGGAAUGCUAGACAUAUCGAGUGGUGGUGGACUCCAGUACAUAAAUUUGUAUAAUCUAAGGAGUUCAGCUGGGCUGGAUUGCCUAGGUGGAGUUGGCAGUAUGAAGAAACUCCGAGUUCUGAAUCUGAGGAUGUGCCGCUAUCUUACUGAUGAUUCUGUGGUGGCAAUAGCUAGUGGGUGUCCGUUGAUCGAGGAGUGGAGCCUUGCUGUCUGUCAUGGCGUCCGCUUACCUGGUUGGUCGGCGAUUGGAUUGAACUGCAACAAGCUAAGAAUUCUUCAUGUGAACCGUUGCCGAAACAUAUGUGACCAAGGAUUGCAUGCUCUCAAGGAUGGAUGUGUGCGCCUUGAGGUCCUGCAUAUACAUGGUUGUGGCAAGAUUACAAAUAAUGGCCUGGCACUAUUUAGCAUUGCUAGGCCCAGUGUGAAGCAAAUGGUGGACGAAGCCAUGUCCAUUGGCCCCUCAAUCGAGGAUUUAUUCCGGUUGCAGUGA